AGUUGUUACAUAACAUAAACCCAAUGAACUAGGUGUAAUAUUUGGAUGGGAUCUGUAAAACCAUUGCAAGAUACCAAGUGGCGAAUUUCCUAUACAUCACUGUCCUGAAUUAUCAUCCAUAGGUGCACAGCCCCCAACUCCCACGUCCCCAUCAAUGAAUAAAGUUUCCUUUUUUGAGAGGAAAACUUGCUUAUCUCCAUGGAGAAAACUCAUGGGCAUAGACAACACACAAAAUCAUCAGAGUCCUGAAGGACUAGUACCACCAAAACCUUCUGCUGCAGCACGCAAGGCACCUCUCACACAGUACAUACGCAAGCUUGCUCACAUGGCUGCUGCUAGUUCUCAAGUUUCUGUGGCGUGGAAUUGCGCUGGGCUUGGGGGCUGUGGUGAUCAGGGUCAAGAGCUGGCCUCCUUCCUCACCUCACAAGAGCACAGAGAUCAAGAAAUGGCUUCUUCCUCCACAUUUAGAGCCCCAAUUGGGUUAGGAUUCUUGGGGCCUUCCAAGGUUGGUCUGAAUCCUUUGAGAAAUAGUACUGGUGUGAGAUUAAGUGCAAGAUAUAUGACACCGAAGUGUGUGGUUUCUUCUUCCAGGCCAGUAUCAAAGCCCAGGUUCAUACAGCACAAGAAGGAGGCCUUCUGGUUCUACAGGUUCCUUUCCAUAGUGUAUGAUCAUGUCAUAAACCCAGGGCAUUGGACUGAGGACAUGAGGGACGACGCACUGGAGCCUGCUGAACUUUAUGACCCUGAGCUCAAGGUCGUCGAUGUCGGUGACGGAACCGGUUUUGCCACAUUGGGGAUUGUCAAGCACAUGGACAGUCAGAAUGUCACCCUGCUGGACCAGUCGCCACACCAGCUUGAGAAGGCCCGGCAGAAGGAGGCACUGAAGGGGGUGAACAUUCUUGAGGGUGAUGCUGAGGACCUCCCCUUCCCAACUGACACAUUUGAUCGCUACGUCUCUGCUGGGAGCAUCGAGUAUUGGCCUGACCCGCAGCGAGGAAUCAAGGAAGCUUACAGGGUCCUGAAACCUGGUGGAGCAGCCUGUUUGAUUGGCCGCUUCUUCGCGGACAUGUGGAUGCUUUUCCCCAAGGAAGAAGAGUACAUGGAAUGGUUCCAGAGAGCAGGGUUUGAUGAUGUCAAGAUCAAGAGGAUCGGAACCAAGUGGUACUGCGGUGUUCGACGGCAUGGCCUGAUCAUGGGUUGCUCUGUUACAGGGGUCAAAACAGAGCCUGGUGAUUCCCCUUUGCAGCUCGGUCCGAAGGCUGAGUAUGUGGAGAAGCCUGUGAAUCCUUUCACCUUCGCCUUUCGCUUCGCUUAUAAUUGAACGACGAAGGCCAAGAUGCAAAUGUUAACAAAAUGAUAGCGAAAGCUAUGUCGAGUCGUCGGUGAAAUGGUUGUGAAGAUCCAAAUUUGGGGCAUUUAGACUAUAUAGCAUUUUGGGUAUUGACUUCAGCUCCGUUUGGAACAUAGUUAUUUUUGCAGGAAUUUCUUGGGAUGCAGUUCAAUUCCUGCUGCGAAAGGGACAAGUUACCACAUUUCAAAUGGAAAUUGGACUUCAAAUCACUGAGAAGUGAGGACACAAGAUUCUGACCCAACUCAACGGGAAGACAACCUAUUAAGACAGAUCAUAUAACCAUCUGACAGUACCACAAGCACAUCAGAGCUCACGGCAGCAGCAUCCAUAAAUCACAUGCUUACGGUACCAAAUGCACAUAUAUAUCAGAAAAGAAUGGCACCUUAACAGAGACAAAAACAUGACUAGAUAACAUGACAUUCACAUGCCACUGCAGCUAGGAACCAUCGCAUUUCAGCGUCAUUGACAGUUAACAAGACUAGGGCAAAAGAAAAGGUCCAGCGUGCAUCACCUCACCAAGUUUCUGCGGACCAGACAACCACCACCGGAAUUCAGUUAUCUUACAAAGAGUUUUAAAGAUGCAAUUCCCAGGGCAAAAUGUAACACCGCCAACCAAACACCCACCA